AAGCUCGGUAUAAAUAUGGCUUGUUGGAUGGAAUUAGUCAACAGUGCUGAAUUAAACACAAUGGCGAUGGCUCGAGUUGCAGUUAUUUGCAUGAUUCUCAUGCUGGUCUGUUUGGUGGCAGUCAAUUCAGCUCCGCAGCGAGGAGGGGCAUUCAGCCAAGCGUCGGCUAAAGCCGGCUCCUUCGGGUCCAGGGGUCCCGCGAACGGUCCCCGCGGCUUCGGGCCCGGUCGCGGAUCCAACAGAGGAGGUGGCAUCAACAUCAGCGUAGCCAAGAGUGUUAGCAUCAGCAGAGGGGGCGCCGGUGGGGCACAGUCGAGCGCACAGGCGGGCGCGCGUGGAUAAUGUAUAAUGAUUGAGAAGAGAACGAUUAAAAGAGUUGGCAUUCUGGUAGCAUGUGAAAAUAAAGUGAAAAGAAAACCCGUGA